UUAUGCCAGCGGAAGAGCUCUCUCCUAUUGGCACAGAGCAGCUACACAGGAGACCUUAGAGUGGCGCAGCAGCAGUGAUACAUCUGUGCUGCUGUAAAGUCUCUAGUUUAGACAUAGAAGUGUGAAUAAAGCUAUUUGCAGUUUCACACGUUUUAAAGAGAUAUUUCCAACAGCCACAACAUAGGUUUAUUUUAUGCCACCAGAUAUUGAGGCCCACAGCCCCAGCAGUGCCCUGAACCCCCGAGGCUGAUGUUCUAGCUCUUCCUGAUGCAGCUGCAGCAGCAACCAUUGUUCCAUUGUGAGACCUAGAAUGCUCAGCUGCUGCAGUUCUGUUACAUCAAAGACACCGGCUGUAAUCUCAGUGUAUUUGUGCCUUCAACAUCCCUCCUUUCCUCCCCACUCCAGAGCAGGGAUGGGAACCAACACAGACCUGUGAUUAUUACCCACACCUCUUCAAAGAGUACGUUGUAGGUAAACAAUGAUUAUCCCCAGCAGUGAGUACCAUAUUUACCAUCUGAAAACUAGUCAGCAGUUUUCUAUUACCUCCUUAAGAUGUUCUUUUUUCUGAAACCUCACAUAAUAUUGUGUAAGUGAAAUGGGCUAGCAAAUAAGAUCACUCACCCAGCCUGCACACUACUACUUACGGUUAAAUGGAAUCUUGCUGCUAAGCUGGUACAAUUGCUAUUUUGUGACAAGUUUUAAGAAAGGCCCCUGCUCCUCGGAAAUUUGGAAGGCGACAUUAGCAAGUGAUUGUCUGAAGAGGCAAUAUUUCAAUCUAGAUUCUUUAACAUCUAUGAAUUUUAAUAAUGGACUGCAGAUAGAUUUGGUAUGUUCAAAAGGCAUUUGGUAACAGCACAGCCAUAGGUUUUAAGGCACGAAGGACCCAGUAUGUUCAUCUAGCCUGAGCUCCUCAGAACACAUGCCAGAAGUUCACCUUGUAAUUCCUGCACCCAGCUCAUAACUGGCCCUUUUUACUUGUCUAGGGAUAACCCCCAUCAACCAGACCCCACUGUUUGUGUCUCCUUGCUGCUGGCUAUGCACUAUUUAUGCCCCCACAGACUAAAAGCAACUCUUUCAAUUAGCCAAAAACAAUCGGUUCCCCGGUGCCUUUACUAUAAUAGCCUGUGCUGACAUUACAUUUCUUACUGAAGGAUCCCCAAGUACUUCACAUAGUAACAGCCUUGCUACUUUUGCACAACAGGGUAGAUUUUCGAGCCAGAGACCAGGCCCUUCCCUUACCCAAAAUACCACAUGGUCUUUAACAUGUGGAUCCCCAGUCACUGGAGAUUUUUAAGAACAGGUUAGAUAAACACCUGUCCGCAAUGGUCUGGGUUUACUUGGUCCUGCCUCAUGGGCAGGGCAGGGCGGACGGACUGGUGACUUCUAGAGGUCACUUCCAGGCCUACAUUUCUAUAAUUAUACACAGAGUUAACAGGUCGUUAUUUUUAAAAAUAUUUCCUAAAGACUUUUACACAAACUGCAUGUUCAAUCUAAACUGGCACUUCUGGGAUUUGAACAUGGCUUUCCAGAUAGCCUGGGGAAAGUCUAAAUACAGAGUUGGAUUAAAGGUGUUACUUAAACCACAUUUAGUAAAACCAUUGCAAAAAAGGCUGCAUGGACACUUAGCUUAAGUCAGUAAGGAACAGUUUAAGCCAAAGAAAGAAUGUCCAGAAAGGGGGUUACACCAGUGCAGGGCAAUCACAUACGUGUUUUAAAGCUGCAGUUUAGGUUCACUCAAAUAGAUCCUAGUCCAAUUAUAUUUUUAGAAUAAUUAACACUCAGAUGUUACUUGAACUCUAGCCUCAAAUACCAAGAUCCACACAUACAAAACAGGUGCAGCUACUAAAAGAUAGAAAGGGAAAGAGGGGAAAAUUCUCUCCCAAAUGGAAUUGGGUUAAAAAAAAAAAAAUCAAAUGACUGACCACUUAGUGUCAUUUAGAAUAGGAUAGCUCCAAAAAGGACCUAAUCCAUCAAACUUAAGUUUCCUAUCAUGCUGGAUGCUGCACAAAUGCAUUAAUAGACAUGAUCCCUGCACGAAAGAGCUUACCCUCUGCUCUUGCUUUUUAGGUUGGCUGCCUCUCUACUUUGCAGGCCUAGGGCUAUGUUACAUCUUGAUCUUCAGUAGCAUGUUUUUCUUUCACUGGAAGAAAGUCGUCCAGCGGGAGCAACGUGCACAAGCGUGGGUUGAGCUGAUGAGGAGCGAAACAUUCUUCCCCAAUGCAGUAGUUCACUGGGCUGACAAGAGAGCUCAUUAUGGGAUUAAAGCAGAGGUAUGCACUCCAGAGUCCAGUGCUAGCCCAAAGCAAAAUGGCAAAAGCUUUGACAGAGAGACCACUACAGGCAGGGAUGGAGCUUUCUUCCCUUCCCUCACAGGUGUGGGUUCAUACAAACUGGUGUUUCAGGAACUGCCAUGGGCUUGUUCACUCUCCAGCCUGCCACCGCUGCUCCAUCAUUCAACCUCUUAUCCUUUUUCAGCCAUUCCAUCAAGGACUGUUCCAUUCAGCUCUCUUCCUGACUUUGUUACAUUAGGAAAUGUGAGAUGCCACCUCAGUAAUGGCAACUCUGCUUGUGAGAUAUAACUCAUGACAGACCCAC